AUGGCCACCAUCACAGCCUCACCACCUGCGAUGUCUCCUCCGUUGGCCGCAGCCACCACAUCUCCUCCCAGUCUGCCUCCUCUAAUCACUACCACCCCGAAUACGCGGCGGACGAGCUCGCAAAGGCCAACCUCAUAUGCCGAAAGACGGAUGUCGACUUAUUCCACAACUUCAAAAGGUUCCUACCUUCCGCAGUCUCGACCGACGUCCUAUGUCUUUCCCGCCUUCCACUCGAGUCUACCAUAUACCCUCGUCCGAGAUUUUGCAUAUUUGACAACGCACCCUUUACACUACGGGCCCCCUCCGCAUCAAUCGGGUCUCUCUACACCAGCGAGUGAGUCAAGAAGACUUUCCGACCCAGCGAUCUCAUCAUGGGACGACUCCAGAGGCCAAUGGUCAGCGACGCCGCCCUGGAUAUCAGAAACAAACCCCAGCGCUUUUAGUCGGGAUCGGCUACCUGCCAUGACAUUCAAAGACGAUGGGCCCCCCUAUAGCGAAGAUGAGGAUAUCCAAUCCCCCAUUGUCACCACGAGCAGGCACAAGAAACAUAAAUCCAAUGAGCGAGGGAGGUCGCCCGGAGCAGCAGGUCCUCAUCGCGGCGUUGUGGUUGGCGCAGCCGGUCAUCCUGAGGAGGCAGACGGGCCCGGUGAAGCUGUCGAAACAUACGAUACCAACACCCUGAGGUUUCCGCACGAGCCUCAACACCGCGACUCUAACUUUGCCAAACCUCUACAACGCAAUCUUUCCCCUUAUGGCGACGGAGGUCCCGGCUCUGAAGACGAAUACUCAGACGCCGAAGACGAUACCCGGUUCUCAAAAGACUAUUCGUUUACGAUUGCCAGUCCCGACGAGGAAAUGCACGGCAAGGCUGUCGCACUCUUCGAUUUCGAAAGCGAGCAUCAAAAUGAAUUGCCCUUGAAGGAAGGGCAGAUAAUUCUAGUGUCAUAUCGACAUGGCCAAGGUUGGUUGGUGGCCGAAAAUCCCAGGACCGGCGAGAGUGGACUGGUGCCCGAAGAGUUUGUACGCCUGGUUAGGGACAUCGAAGGCGGCCUACGCGGGUUAAAUGCUGUGACUUUGGAUGGUGACGGGAACAUGGACAGUAUCAUCAGUCCUGUGUCAACGGAUCCUGGGUCGAUCAAUACGCCGGUACCGAACAACCAUGAUUUUCCUCCUCCGCAGCAACAAGGUUCAUACAAGUCCAGCAGCAAUGGUGGCACCUAUGGCGAGAAGCAUCCUCCGGUGCAGUCGACUUUUAGCACUAGCAGUCGCGAUUUCAGCCCGUAUCCUUUACCCUCCAAGGGUGACGAAAAUUCUGUAAAGGAGAGGGAGAAAGAACGAGAAAAGGCGACCGACAUAAGCUAG